AUGGUUUUAAAGAACAAUUUAGAAAAAACCCUAAAAAACUUGGAAAAAAGAGUCGAGGAAUUAGAGCAAAGUAAUGAGGGAUUACGUUCACAUUUCAAAAAUUUAGAAGAAAAGAUUAGAGAGCGAGAGGCAGAAACCAGAGCCAAUCAAGUAAUUAUUAAUAAUUUAGAAAAAAAGGAUAGAGAGCGAGAAGAAGAUCACCGAUAG